CAUGAUUUAUUUCUGCAUAUCGGCCGCAUACAAUUUCUCACUCUGUUUAAGUCCUCUCUCCCUCUCCCUCCCUCAGAUAUGUCGGAGGCCACUUCAACAAGUGCGAACGCAUACGCCGGAGCCUUGACGGGGGACAUAUUCAGGCCGUCAGCCGCCAUAAUUCCCGAUGACCUCACUGACUCCUCAUCCUCCGUAUCUAAGGUUACUCAGCCCUUUCCUUUCUCUUCUGGAAACCCUAGAAUCGAAGAGACCAGAGGUGUCAUGCAUCUCUACCAGGACGAUGUCGCAUCAUCUUCUUCAGAACUGCCUGUUGGUAGGAAACCCCUUGUUUGUGUGCUUGGUGUGCCGAAUCACAUGACAUAUGCAGAUUUCUGUCAGUUUUGUGGAUCAUUUAUUCAGCAUAUGUUGGAAUUGCGAAUUGUCAGGAAUGAUGGAAUGGAGGAUCGAUAUAGUAUUAUGAUAAGAUUUGACGAUCAAAUCUCAACAGAUGCUUUUUAUAAGCAUUUUAAUGGGAAACGUUUUUCAUCUCUUGAGGUAGAAGCUUGUUGUGUGCUUUUCAUGGUUGAUGUACAAUACACAGGUUCGAUUGAACAUGCACAGACUUCUCCUGCAAGCUCUACAGAGCAACCUAGUUGUCCAGUCUGUCUUGAGAAAUUAGACCAAGAUAUGGGUGGAAUUCUCACAACCAUCUGCAAUCAUUCUUUUCAUUCCUCUUGUAUUUCUAAAUGGACGGACUCUUCUUGUCCGGUAUGCCGAUAUUGCCAACAGCAACCUGAGAAGUCAAUAUGUUUUGUUUGUCAAACUUCUGAGAAUCUAUGGAUUUGUGUUAUUUGUGGCUUUGUUGGAUGCGGGAGGUAUAAAGAAGGGCAUUCUAUAAGACAUUGGAAAGAAACACAGCACUGUUACUCCCUUGAAUUGGAAACGCGUCGUGUGUGGGAUUAUGUUGGAGACAAUUAUGUUCACCGUUUGAUUCAAUCUAAAACUGAUGGAAAGUUGGUUGAGUUGAAUCACCAUUGUGUGCAUGCUGAUGAUGGUUGUGGUAGUUGUGACUGUAGUUUACUAGAUCCUGGAUUUACUGAGGCUCUCUUGAACAGUAAAGUUGAAGCUAUUGUCAACGAGUACAAUGACCUCCUUACUACGCAACUUGAGAACCAAAAAAUAUAUUUUGAGUCUUUACUACGAGAAGUUGAAGAAGAAACUGAAAGAGAAGUUUCUGAAGCUGUUGAGAAAGCUCUGAGUCAGAAUCAGAAGCUACAAAAGAUGCAAACUAAGCUUGGUAAAUGUGUUGAAGAGAAGAAAUUUCUUGAUGAUAUAAAUGAUAAUCUUAUAAGGAACCAGAAGAUUUGGGAAGCCAAGAUAGGGGAAAUUGAAGAAAGGGAGAAGGCGGCUUUGAAACCUAAGGAUGACAAAAUACAAGACUUGGAGGAACAGCUUAAGGAUUUGAUGGAGUUCAUCGAUGCUGGGAAUAGAGUAGAACAGAUGCCGGCAUCAAGUGAAAUCAAAGAUGGCGACAUUUUGCCCCUUCAAAUAGAGUCCUCUUCAAGAAGUGGCACUAAAGGAACCAGAAAGAACAAUAAUAGGAGAAGCUGAGGAUUAAAUGUUGGUGCUGUGUGAAAUCGAUGCUGGCUGUUUAUAUGAGUGCUGCUUAAGCCAACUUGUGUUUAUAUAAUAGGUUUGAUUUUGUUACUGUAGUAGAGGUAUAACACUUUUGUGACUUGGGAAGCUUCUAUUAUGUAAAGUUGAGUCUGUAAAUAACCAUACUAAUACCCUAAGAUUUGGGAUAUUAGACUAGUACAUGUGGUGAUUACCUCGGUAGGUUUUGUCAUUUUUGUCUUGCUUAGAUACUAGCAAGUUACUUUUUUACCUGCUUUGUUGUACAUUUAAUGGUCUCUAUGAGAGUCAAUAUGGAAUAUGAACCAUAAAAUAAAAUGCCUAUUAAAAUACAUAGAACAGAGAGUCGUGGUUGUGCGCCUCCUAUAAAAGAAGCUUUUUUA